CGUCUAGAGUUUAGCUAGAAGUCUUGGCUACAAUACAAACAAUGAUGGAAAACACAUGAGCAGUUACAAGUUUUAAUCUCGCUUCUCAGUACUAACAUGGGCUAAUCUGUGGAAACAGCUUAUUCCAGUGUCACCCAGGGUGCAGCCACACCAGGCUCUGCUGAAAGGUGCUUUUCUCUGUAAAUGUAAUACCUCACCUUUUCUUCUUAAGUAGUAUCUGAGAACAUUUACAUUACAGAUAAGUGGUACAUGGUGGAAAAUUCUUCCUUCAAGAGGACUUACUCUCUUCUUACAAGUGUCUGCUCAGUCUCAGGUUGGUCCCCUACACCAGACAACAUGAAGGAGUGUGUGUUCCUAGUGCUCUUGGCUUUAUGCUCCGCCAAACCCUUGUUUCGCCCUUCAUACAUGAUGCUGAAGAAUAUGAUGCUGAAGGACAUGGAAGAUGAAGGUGAUGGUGACGUUGACCCUGAUAACUCUCUUUUUCCAACAAGAGAGUCAAUUAACCCCUUCUUCCCAUUUGAUCUGUUUCCAACGUGUCCGUUUGGAUGCCAGUGCUACUCGAGAGUUGUACACUGUUCUGAUCUAGGUCUGUCCUCCAUCCCAAGCAACAUUCCAUUUGAUACUCGAAUGGUUGACCUUCAAAACAAUAAAAUUAAGGAAAUCAAAGAAAAUGAUUUUAAAGGACUCACUUCACUUUAUGCUUUGGUCCUGAACAACAACAAGCUAACAAAGAUUCACCCAAAAGCCUUUCUAACCACAAAGAAGUUGAGAAGGCUGUAUUUGUCCCACAAUCAACUAAAUGAAAUACCACUUAAUCUUCCCAAAUCAUUAGCAGAACUCAGAAUUCAUGAUAACAAAGUUAAGAAAAUACAAAAGGAGACAUUCAAAGGAAUGAAUGCUUUACAUGUUCUGGAAAUGAGUGCAAACCCUCUCGACAAUAAUGGGAUUGAGCCAGGGGCAUUUGAAGGGGUGACGGUGUUCCAUAUCAGGAUUGCAAAAGCAAAACUGACCUCAAUUCCUAAAGAACUACCAUCAACUUUGUUAGAGCUUCACUUAGAUGAUAAUAAAAUUUCAACUGUGGAACUGGAAGAUUUUAAACGAUACAAAGAUCUGCAAAGGCUGGGCCUAGGAAACAACAGAAUCACAGAUAUCGAAAAUGGAAGUCUUGCUAACAUACCACGCGUAAGAGAAAUACACUUGGAAAACAAUAAACUAAAAAAAAUCCCUCCAGGAUUACAGGAAUUGAAAUACCUCCAGAUAAUCUUCCUUCAUUCUAAUUCAAUUACGAAAGUGGGAGUAAAUGACUUCUGCCCAACAGUGCCAAAGAUGAAGAAAUCUUUAUACAGUGCAAUAAGUUUAUUCCACAACCCGAUGAAGUACUGGGAAGUACAACCCGCAACAUUUCGUUGUGUUUUGAGCAGAAUGAGUGUUCAGCUUGGGAACUUCAGAAAGUAAUAAGUAGUAAUUAAUAAUAUCCACUUAAUAUAAAAUGCAAAAAUUGUUCCAUUUGGAAUACUUGAACUCUGUUAAUAAUGGUGGUAUUAUGUACAGAGGCAAAAAUCUAUUCCCACACGGUAAGUCCAGUGACUGACUUUAGGACAAAAAAUUUCAACAGAAUUUUGCAAAACGAUUGCUACAGCAGGAUUAAGAGAAGGAUCUACUGCAGUUUUCUUUUGUAUACAAAUGAUUUUGCAUAAUACUUUUUCUCAGUAACAAAAAAAAAGACAUUCAGUAUAUAACACUUUGCUAUCAAGUGCAUUUUAAAAAGAAUUAUACUGUAAAUGGAAUGCUUGACUUACAAAAUCUGUGCUCUUCCAUUUGCUGUUAGAAAAACAAAA